AUGGGCAUUAAAACAGAUUAUAAUUUGGCUGAAGACUGUGUGGAUGCGAUUGCUGAUUUUGUAAAAGGUAUUCUACCUGAGGAUAAUGUAGCCCCUGGUUCAUACUACGAGGUUCAGAAACUGGUAGCUGGUCUUGGUUUAUCGUAUCAGGUAAUAGAUGUAUGCAGCGAUAACUGCAUGAUUUAUUGGAGGGCUGAUGAACAGCGGGUUACAUGCAAAUUUUGUGGGAAGGCUCGUUAUAAAGAUACGAGUGGAAGAGUUCCAGUGCCAUAUAAAAGGAUGUGGUAUUUGCCUCUGACGGAAAGGUUGCAGAGGUUGUACCAGUCGGAACGCACAGCGCAACCAAUGAGAUGGCAUGCGGAGCAUUCAACAGAUGGUGAGAUUAGACAUCCUUCAGAUGCAAAAGCGUGGAAGCAUUUCCAAUCAACAUAUCCCGACUUUGCGUAUGAGAGAAGAAAUGUCUACCUUGGAUUAUGUACUGAUGGUUUCAGUCCAUUUGGCAAGAGUGGAAGACAAUAUUCUCUAUGGCCAGUCAUUCUUACACCAUACAACUUACCGCCAAACUUGUGCUUGCGACGAGAGUUUUUGUUUCUCUCCAUUCUCGUUCCCGGACCAGAGCAUCCUAAGAGAUCACUUGAUGUGUUUCUUCAGCCACUAAUAUAUGAGUUGAACCAACUAUGGGCUCAAGGUGCUGAAACAUACGAUAUUUCGUGUAAAGAAAACUUUCAAAUGCGGGCAGUACUUAUGUGGACAAUUAGUGAUUUUCCAGCAUAUGGUAUGUUAUCUGGAUGGACAACACAUGGAAGGCUAUCGUGUCCAUAUUGUCAAGAUAACACUGAUGCUUUCCAACUAAAACACGGAAGGAAAACAUGUUGGUUUGACUGUCACAGGAGAUUCCUACCACCUGAUCAUCCAUAUCGUAGGAGUAGGAAUUUGUUUACGAAGAACAAGAGGGUGUUUGACAGUCCAACACCGGAAAUUUGUGGGGCAGAUUUGUUGACACAACUAAGAGAUUUUGGUGCAGAUAGGACGCCAGACGUCGGUGGACACGUGCGUUAUCCGGUAGAUGCUGUUGGAGAACUACAUAACUGGCACAAAAAGAGUAUUUUCUGGGAUUUGCCAUACUGGAAGGAUCAUCUGCUGAGGCAUAAUUUAGAUGUCAUGCAUAUUGAGAAGAACUUUUUUGACAAUCUCAUGAACACGAUCCUUAACGUUCAAGGUAAAACAAAGGAUAAUUUGAAGUCAAGACUGGAUUUAGUCGAUAUAUGUGCUCGUUCAGAACUUCAUGUUGAUGAAAAUGGUAGGGCUCCUUUUCCCAUAUACCGACUUGAUGCAGAGGGAAAAGAUGCAUUCUUUGAUUGGAUUUCAAACGAUGUGGAAUUUCCAGACGGUUACGCAUCUAAUUUGCGUAACUGUGUCGAUAGAAACGAAGGAAAGUUUAUGGGCUUGAAGAGUCACGAUUGCCAUGUAAUGAUGCAGCGCCUCCUUCCAUUUGCCUUCAAGGAACUAUUACCACGGAAUGUUCAUGAAGCAAUUGCAGGGAUAAGUGCUUUCUUCCGUGAUUUAUGCACGAGAUCAGUGACUCUUGAAGGUAUUGAAAAUUUGAAGACUAACAUAGCCGUGAUUCAGUGCAACCUUGAGAAGAUAUUUCCUCCAUCAUUUUUUGAUGUUAUGGAGCAUCUUGUUAUUCACCUGGCAAGAGAAUUGGAACUUGGUGGUCCUGUGCAGUAUAGAUGGAUGUAUCUGUAUGAACGGUAUAUGUUCCAUUUGAAGAAGAUGGUGAAAAAUUUAAGUAAGGUGGAAGGUUCUAUAGUUGCACAGAUGAUCAAUGAAGAAACUUCAAACUUUGCCGAGUACUACUUUCCAACAGAAGUGCAGACCAAAAACAGAAGACCUGCUCGGCAUGAUGAUAGAGGCGAACGGGCAACAUAUCAUGUUACGGUUCCAGACAUCUUCACAGAUGUUGGACGACUUAGCGGAAAACCAAAGGACCGUCGACUUACUGAGCAGGAGCGCAGUCAUUUGCAAACAUAUUUGCUCACCAACUGCGAAGAUAUUCUUCAAUAUGAGAGGAUUUUCAUGGCAGAAAAGCGGUUCGAAUAUAGAUACGCCACAGAGGAGGCUCUAGAAGAACUGAAGCAGAGAGAAUUUGCUGGAUGGAUGCUUACUUAUGUGUCUGCUGGUAUGGCCAGAGGUGAAACAUUUGAUGAUUGGAUACGCGAGAUGGUGCGUGGACCAAAGUAUGUUGUGAAGUCAUAUCCGAGAUUUUGUACUCGAGGAUAUGCAUUCACAACGCAAAAGAGGAGACGUUCGAGCACGACUUAUGAUGCUGGCGUUUGUUCUGCAUCAGGAGAUGAUGUAUACUACGGAAACAUACAAGAGAUUAUGGAAAUCAAGUAUCCGGGCAUGGUUGGAUUGCGUUGUACUGUUUUCUUUUGUGAUUGGUACGACAACACUCCAGAUCGAGGUGUGAGAACAGAUGCAUUUGGUGUUACAUCAGUACAUUCGAGGCGAAAGCUGCAAUAUUAUGAUCCUUUCAUUCUUGCUUCUCAGGCCGAUCAGGUAAUUAAAUAUACAUAUGUCAAUUAUUCAGAAUGAUUCAUCAUCAUGUGUAUUAUUCAAAUUAUUUUUAAAUGUUACAGGUUUGUUAUAUCAAGUAUCCCCGGGUUAGGAACAGAGAUGAUCCAUGGGUCACCGUUACAUCACUCAACCCGAGAGGCCGAGUUCAGGGAAGUUCUGAGCUGGAAGACCCACUACAACCAAGCACAUCUGGCAACUUAAGUGCAGCAGAAGAUUUAGCUGCAGUUGGCCUUGUAGUCGAUUUAACCGAUUUCGCAGAGGAAGCCGUCGUUCACGUAGAGGAUGAACCAGAGAUUGGAGAGUUUCACCAAGAUCCAGAUUCAGAAUCAUCUGGUGAUGAUGACUCCGAAACAGAGUAGCA